AGCCCUGGCACAGGUGCCCAGAGCAGCUGGGGGUGCCCCUGGAUCCCAAGGCCAGGCUGGAGCCCCCUGGGACAGUGGAGGUGUCCCUGCCUAGCAGAGGUUCAUUCACGGGAACAUUUAAUUGCAUUUGAAAGUGGUUCUGUGGCCACAAGCUGUGGGUUUGUAACUGAUAUUACCCCAUCACUUCAAAUGCUGGAGCACCCGAAAGACUCCAGGGUAGCAAAUGAAUGGCUCCUGCUCAGCUGCAGGACGUGUCUGAAGGGCUCAAACUGCUGCUCCUGAUGUUUAAAAAAUAAAAAGAAAGAAGAGAGAAACCACAAAGGCUUUGAAAUGGGCUGGUUUGUGCCAGGAAUUUUCUCCUCUGGACAGCAGCUGGUUUGCUCCCAGCCCAGAGGUGUAGAUUUGGUUGAUGAAGGUUUUCAAUUCAGCAUUUUCUAUUCAAGAUAUUAAAGUCUUUUCUAGCUACAGGAUUGUGGCUUUGGGAGCCAGUGUCUAAUUUAAUCUUGAAGUUACUGUGGAAAGAGGAAGGAAGAGGCUUUUACCAGAGAAAACCAGCGUGUACAAAGGCAAAACCAGCAAAAAUUUGCCAACCCCCCAAGAUAUCCUGAGUCCAAAGUGGCAAAACCUGUGCACCAGCAGGAGCAGGACUCAGCUGCUGCCAAGCAAACAGCAACCAGUAACAAUUCUAAAUAAUAUUAUACCUUAAUAAUAUUCAAGGAUUUUUUUAAACAGUCCAAGAAACAAACCCUUCAGCUGCAGGUCAUGUUUAGCUUUCCUCCUUGGGUUUUCUGCCUCUGCAGGGCGAGGUGGUUAUGCAGGGGAUUUAUAACCACAAAGGGAUCUGUUCAGUUUUAGAGGGACUGAUUAAAAGUGUAUCAAAACUCACACCACUUUGAAGUUAAAAAAAAAAUUAAAAACCCUAAACAAACAAACAAAAAAACCCAAACACAACAAACCAGGAGUAAAAAAUGCUGCAGCAAAAAUGCUUCCAAAUCCAGCCCUUUUCCUGGCCCAGCCCUGCUGCCCGGGGUUUUCUGUUCAGAGCAGGGCAGGCGCUCCCUGAGGGGAGUCUGUGUGUCCUGCACACCACCAGCUGCAGCCCAGUGCCUCCCUGGAGAGAGUUCUGCCACGUAAUGAGCUCCCCCCUUUCCCAGAGCCGCUUUCCUGGGGCUCCCAGCGAGCAGGAGGUGGCAGGGGCUGAGCUUUCCCUCUCCAGGCUUCCAGCCAGAGCCUCCAGAGCUGCCUGACCCACCGACAGGGCUGGGGACAUCCUCCUCCUCCUCCUCCUCAGGUGAUGGACUAACAGGGAAACACAGCAAAAUGAAGCACAGCCUGGCCAAGGCUCUCUACGACAACAAGGCCGAGUGCUCGGACGAGCUGGCGUUCCGCCGCGGGGACAUCGUGACGGUGCUGGAGCAGCACGUGGCGGGCAGCGAGGGCUGGUGGCGGUGCUCCCUGCACGGCCACCACGGCCUGGCCCCCGCCAACCGCCUGCAGCUCCUGCCGCCCUCCCCAGCCCACGGCAUCUACCAGGUGCCCUCCGUGCCCUCCGUGCCCAAGGCCACGGCGCCCUCGGCCACCUACGAGAAGAUGGAGGGCUGGGUUCAGCCCCAGGCCGUGUACCAGGUGCCAGCCCUGGCGGCGCAGCUGCUCAGCGAGAGGACCAAGCGCUCCACGCAGCAGCACCUGUUUACCCUCCCCAGAGCCUGCCGGGCUUCAGCCCCAAACAUCAGGGGUGAGGUAUAUGAUGUCCCCUCCUCACAGCACCAGGCCCUGCUCUCACAGAGUGUUGCCACUCCCCCCAGCACACGGAAGGGCUCUGUGCUGGGCAGAUCCACUGAGAGCUUCCAGGCAGAGCAGAAGCAGCUUUACAACAUCCCAUCCAGGGCAGAAAAAGGAGGAGCUAGCAGCCAGGACUCACCAGCAGGCAAUUUAUAUGACGUCCCUCCCAAAAGAGAGCUCGAUGACUCAGAAAAUAAAUCUCAGAAGAAGCGCUGGGGCCAUUACAACACCUUGCCAAACCCUCGGAAGUCCGAAUGGAUUUACGAUAUUCCGGUAUCCCCUGAAAACUCCGGAUUCAAACCCAACCCUCCUGGGCCGUGCGUGGAGAAGCAGGUGCUGUAUGACAUUCCCCCAGCCAGGUACAAGGCUGCAGCCGCAGCCACUGAAGCCAAGGCUGGGAAUCCCCAGCUGUACGACAUUCCACCGGCCCAGCGGAAAUUAACGCUUCCAGAAAUCCCCCUUUACGACGUUCCGCCCUCACGGGACGGGCUCCUCCUGCCACAGAACGGCACCUCUGAGCUGCCCCCGAGGCUCCUGGCUGCCAAGGCUGAGAGUAAGGUCUCUGAGGAGAACGUUUACGAUAUUCCCAAAGGUUUGCCCAGUGCUGGGCACUCCAAGAAAGAGAUGGAGAACAACGGUGAUGGCUCCAGAGACCAAGCACACGGUGCUUCUCCACAGCUCUCUAGGGAUGCCAAGUCAGAAAACGACAGUUUGUGUGUCUCUAGUGUGGACAGCAGAAGCAGCACUCUCUCCUCAUCCUCCUGCUCUUCUGCUGAGUCGUUUCCCACUCUGUCACCAUCACCAGAGCCUGUCCAAGAAAUCAAACUGGAGCUGGAAGCAGCCAUCGAGACCCUGACUCGGCUGCAGCACGGCGUGUCCAGCUCCAUCGCCAGUUUAAUGAUCUUUGUGAGCAGCAAGUGGAGAUUGCAGGAGCACCUGGAGAAAAGCCUGGAGGAGAUCCACAGAGCAGUGGACCACAUAAAGGUGUCACUGGGAGAGUUCCUGGCCUUUGCUCAAGCCCUGAAGGGAAACGCCUCCAACCUCACGGAUAACAACCUGCAGGCCAGAAUUAAAAAACAGCUGGAAAUCCUCACGAACUCCUACAAAAUACUGACAGAAACGAGAGAAGCUCUCAACAGCUGCAGCUGGUCCCUGGAGGCUUUGGUGCUCAGGAAGCCCCAGAACAACCCUGAUGACCUGGAUCGCUUCGUUAUGGUGGCCAGGACAAUUCCAGAUGAUAUCAAGAGGUUUGUGUCCAUCAUCAUCGCCAACGGGAAGCUGCUCUUCAGGAAGAACGAGAAGGAGCAAGAAAAGAAGCAACCAAAAGUGAACCCGGAAUGCAAAAUGGCAAAACAAAUGCCAGUAGUGCCACGAAGAGUAGAAAUGGAGUCGCUCCAGAGAAAUGCUCCUGAGAAAUCCAGCCAAAGCCAGGUCCCUGUGCAGAAACCAGAAGAGAAUUGCAGUGAGGAUUGUGAUUAUGUCCAGUUACAGGUUUUGCCAUGCGCAAAAAAGACUGAAAAUGCCAGGAAAAUCCCCCUCCCCGAGCACUGCAGGCUGUGCUUCGCCGCCCUGCACAAGGCCAUCGGCGUGUUCACCGCCAGCCUCGGCAGCCAGCAGCCCCCCGAAAUCUUCAUCUCCCACAGCAAACUCAUCAUCAUGGUGGGCCAGAGGCUGGUGGAUUCCCUGUGCCAGGAGUCCCAGGAGAGGGAGGCCCGGAGCGACGUCCUGCACUGCAGCAGCCGCUUCUGCAGCCUCCUCAAGAGCCUGGCCCUGGCCACCAAAAGCGCAGCCCUCAAAUUCCCCAACGCCGAGGCCAGCAGGGAGCUGCGGGAGCAGGCGGAGCAGCUGGCCAAGUACACGCAGCAGUUCCGAGCCAUGAUGGACUGAGGGACCCGCUGCUCCUCGGGGCACCAGGGCACGCUCACAACUCCCGCCAGGAACUCCCUGGGUGCACUGCUGGCACGUGAAGAUCCCCACACUCAGAACUCCCGCCAGGAACUCCCUGGGUGCUGGUUCAGGUGAAAAUCCCCACUCAGAAUUCCCACCAGGAACUCCCU